AUGUGGGAAAGCAUUGGCUUUCUGAGUGUCACCGUCGCAGAGGCCAUUCGCGUGUUGCAGCAGCACAAGGCCUGCGAGCGUCAUGAAACGUGGAGCCGCCGAGAAUGUGCCGCAGCAUUGCGAAUGGUUCGAAUUGACAUGAUCAACACCGUCCGCGAAGAAAUGCGCGAUCAGGUCACGGUGGUCAUCCGGAGCCUUCAAGACUUGAUGGUCAUGUCUUCUCUGGUCUUGGUGGUGGGCUUCGGGUCCGUCUGUGAGGGCACCUUUCCGGACACCGAGGCCGAAACCGAAUACCCUGGACUGCAGAACUUCUUCCUCGAGCUCUACGCCUCUCUGGCGGCGCUGACGUUGGUGAUGUCGCUGGGGUCAUUGCUGCUGGCAAUGGUGCUCUCAAUGGAGUUGGAGUGCUUCCUCUCCGCCUGCACAGCAGAUCUACAACGCCAUGUGCGAAGGGCUUUGAAGAGGGAUUGGCCAGUUCAUCGACACGAGGAUUUGAAGCUCGAUGAAAUGCUUGACAAGGAUGCCUUGCAGGCAGUGCUCGAGGAUGCGAGGGCUGUGCAUGGCUUGGCCACCGGCUUGCUGCAGCAGGUUCGUUACUUCGAGCGGCUGUACCCAUUGGCUCAUGUCUUGCUUUUCUCCAGCAUGCUUUCGGCGGUCUUUGAAUUGACGGUGCUUCUGAGCCUCAUCUUGGUGCACCACUUCCCAAGCAUGCCGGUGCUUUGGAAGACCUACUGUGGGACUGUCCUCCUUGGAGUGUCUAUGGCAUCAACAGUCAGCCUUUGGACGAUUUGGAAAAUCACCAGUCCUCGAGAAGAACUUGAGGAAGUGGAGGAUGUGUCGGCCGCGCUGAGCCCGGUGAAGCGACGUUCUUCGAGGAGAUUUCAGGACCUCAGUGCGCGCUUCAAUACGUCACAACGUUUGGAAGAGCUGCAGGAACCGCUCCUGGAUUCACUGGCAUCCUGGGAAGACAGGAUUUGGGUUGCCAUCCUCACAUCUGGAUGUGUCUUUUUGGCCUUCACAGUGCUGGGGAAGUUUCAGGAGCCAAACUGCAAGAAGUAUCCUCAACUCUGUGCCGACACGUCUGGCUAUGUCGUUGUGCUUGAUGCUGGAAGUACAGGGACUCGAGUCCAUGUCUUCAAUUAUGAAUACCGCAAGCUCGAACCUCGGCGCUUUCCGCUCAUUGUGAGUCCCCCUCUGACACUGCCUACAGAAAUCGCCGCAGCGACCAACAAGCCUGGACUCUCGUCCUUCGUGCAUCAGACCGAAGGAAUUCCAAGGAAAUUAGAUGAGCUGAUCCGGCAUGCUGCGGAUGCCUUGCUGCUGCACAAUCCAGACGUGCAGUUGAAGCAGGUGCCGCUGUAUCUGGGUGCCACUGCAGGGCUCCGCGAGCUGCACAACCGCGACCGGGACGAGGUGAUGAAGGCAGCUCGCGAGUACCUCCGGAAGCAAGAGGUCUUUGCGGUGACACGUGAUGAGCAGGUGCGCGUCCUCUCUGGUGAAGAGGAGGGCGCCUUCGGCUGGCUCGCACUCAAUCAGUUACAGGCGGAGAUCAGUCCCGAUUCAGAUACCACUUUGGGUGCCUUGGACUUCGGCGGUGCCUCCAUGCAAAUCGCCUUCGUGCCUCAGGAGACGUCUAUCCUUGCAGGGCUUUUCCCGAUGCAUUUCGGCGGAAGUGUGAAGGGCCCCAUUCACUUGUACUCUCACAGCUUCACGGGCUACGGCAGCGUGGUGGCCUUCCAGCGAGCGACGCGGGUCCUCCUGGAGUCCCACCGAAAGCGGAAGACAGAAGAGGAAGUGAAGCAUCCUUGCAUGCCUACUGGCUUGACGUGGAAUGUCAAUCACGAUGAGUUCGGGGUGAGCAUCAACAAGACGGACCCAGAGCGAGAAAAGGGCCCACUGAAGCUGGUUGGAACCGGAGACUUUGACGGUUGCUAUGCGUUGACAGCGCCACUCUUUGACAAGGAGACACCUUGCUUCUUGCCACCCUGCUCCAUGAUGGGCGUCUAUCAGCCCCGACUCAACGGGACGAGAUUCGUCCUCUUCGGUGAAUAUGCUCGAUUCAAGCAAUGGGAGGUGCUUCCACUGGUGCAGAAGGGCUUGCCGCUCAUGAAAGCUUUGGAAGUUCAGCUGCCACGCUUGUGCUCUUUGCCCUUGAGGACACAGGUGGAACUCUUUGGUGGGUCAUCCAUGAGGCAUGGGCCAGACUGCUGGAUGGCCACCUGGAUCUUUGCUAUGCUGAAGGAUGGACUUGGCUUUUCUGUUCAUGGGUAUCCUCAGGUCGAUGUGGUGCCGAGUUGCUGCGAUCACACCCUGGGCCAUGCCACGUAUGAGGUCAACUUCUUUCCUUACUCAGUGAGUCGGUCCAGCUACAUGUCGCUUGCAGCCAAGCAGCUGCACCUAGAUGAGCUCGGAAGUGUGGAUCUUCGAGAAUGGUGUCCAGGUCUUUCAGCAGUUCAAGCGAUCCUUUUUGCAGCUGCUGGUGCAUGCCUCCUGCUGCUGCUGCAGUCAACAAGGAAGCGGGUCUGGCCAGCCUCCAAAGCUGAGCCAUUACUGCAGGCGGUGUAA